CUAACAAAGCACAAAUACCGCCACCGUGAAGUGAAGCCGCACGCGUGCGAUGUGUGUGGCAAGCGCUUUGCUCAGAAGUUUGAGGUGGCUGUCCACAAGAUCAAGCAUACGGGUGAGCGUCGGUUCCAGUGCGACGUGUGCUGCAAGCCCUUCCGCAGCAAGGUCAAUCUGCUCAAUCACAAGAUGCGGCACACGGGGGAGUACCCAUUCUUGUGCUCUGUGUGUCGCAAAGGUUUCUCCACGCAGCUGCAGCUUGAACGCCACGUCACAUUGCACACGGGCUCACACCCAUACAAGUGCAGCAUAUGCCAGCGUGGCUACACGCAGCGCAUCAACCUGGUCAAGCACUUGGCCAAGACGCACGACAUCGUGGAUGCGUCACAGAUCGAGGCCAUGAAUUCCAUGGAGAAUGCAGAAGCGGUCGAAAACAUGGAAGGCAUGGAGACUAUGGAGGGUGUCGAGGAGAUGGAUGGCUCGAUGUUGUCGGGCGUGCAGGAGGCGGGCAUGGAUGGCACCGGCCAUCAGGCUGGUGUGGAGGAGACUGAACAUGUGGCCAUUGCCAUGGACCCGGACCUUCUGCGAGCGGACGUGCCACAGGCGGCAUACUCGGUGGUGGAGGUGCAUCCGGAGGGCCUCAAGGAAUACCUGUUGGCUGGACCACAGGUGGUGUCAACGCACGACAUGGACCCGAAGUUGCUCCAGUCCAUCCUGCAGCAGGUGCGUGCCGCCCCCGACGACAGCCACAUCACCACCAUCGCCGACUCGCAGGCCGUCGUGCAUGUCACCGCCAUGGAUGAGUAGGCGUCUCCCCAUCCUUAUCCCCGGCCCUUCAUCACUCACCUCCACCCCUCUCAUGGUCUGAACGCCCUACCUUUUCAUCCUUUCAACAUUCCUCCAUCCUCCUUGAGCCUUUCCUGAACAUGAAGGGCAUUCCCACCCUAGUGUAUAAACCUUUCAUUACUGACGUUCGUUUUAGUGAAGUUGAAUAAGAUUUCAUGGCAUUCGGAAGGACGGGAAAUAGAACAAACAGUAAGAAAUCUCUUCCUCUCUGUCCUUGUCACCGCAGAGCGGACAUACAACCAACAAACCACACACUUAAGUCAUUGGACAAGAUGUCGUUUUUGAGUAAAAAGUACACUUAAGAAAAACGUUCUUUUAUGACGUUAACGUUUCUAUAGCACGUCUGGACUCUUUGAGAGUAGACGUUUGUUUCACGUGCAUGCAUCUAGGUGAGCCUUUCUGAUGCACUUGUAUAUAAAACGCGCGGUUUAUGACUGCAUUGCAUUAGAGACGAAAAACCCACUUUUGGCUUGAUAAAUUUCUCUCCCAUUUUCUACAUAAUUUAAGGAAAUAUCAGAAGUGUAAAUAUGAAAAUAAAAAUGUAAAAGAUG